AUGCGCUCCAUUUCUCUCUUUUUGCUGUUUCAUUCGGCACUCUCGUUUACUCCUUGCCCAUUGCUUGGCCCAACUUACCCUCCCUUCAAACUUGAAACUAGGGAUCCCAUAAUUGUCGACUCAUUGAAAAACCUUACUGAGAGCUUCGAUGAGUUGAUGAGGACUGGUAUCGGUGAGAACGGCCCGAUAACGAAGAAUACGACAACCCUUGGCAUGGCGUUGUUUUCUGCGAAUAACGGAAACGCUCAGGAUGAGCCAUUCUUCUGGCAGUAUCACUAUACUGCUCCUGAGUAUAAGAAGAUUAUCAGAAGAUCUCAGAAUGUCACUAAGGAUAGUAUAUACCGCAUUGGCGGCUUGACUGAAGUCUUCACUGUUUGGAGCCUCCUCUUGACCGUUGGAGACAAGAUCUUCAAUGAUCCUGUUACCAAGUACCUCCCUGAGUUGGCCAAUGGAUCAAGCACUGCUACAUCUAUCAGUCACACCAAAUGGGAUGAAAUAACUGUUGGCCAAAUUGCCAGUCACAUGGCUGGAACUGCCCGGAACUACUGCUCCCACGGUGUUACCUUGCCAAAAAAUAUUUCCAAAGGUGGACUACCAGAUCGCUCUGCUUUUAACCUGCCUUGCUGUAGCAUUGACUCGAAAUGCAGUCAAAGCGAAUUUAUCCAGCAGCUGGCAAAGCGAGCGCCUGUUGCUCCUGCUGGUACGACGCCCGCGUAUUCAAACAUGGGCUUCCAACUCCUAGGGUACAUCAUCGAGCGACACACCGGUCAUAGUUUCGAGGACCUUGUCCAGAACAAGAUCUUCGAUCCGCUCGGACUGAACAAAACCACUAUCUUCGCCCCUAAGCACUCCAAGGACGGUGUGAUUCCUGUCGACCAGGAAGCGAGUGGCUGGUCGAGCCAUCUCCCCGGUUCCGAAGCAUCGACUUCCAUAUUCACCAGCGUUGAAGAUCUCGCCCUUGCUGGAAAAGCUAUCCUAAAGUCUACCCUUCUCUCCUCUGCCCAAACCAACCGCUGGCUGAAGCCCGUCUCUCACACUGCGAAUCCUAAGAACUCUGUCGGAUACCCAUUCCUUAUCUACAGUGGUGGCGAUUACCCUGACACAUCGCCAAUGAUCGACGUAUACACCCUCCUCAGUAACGAGGGCUACGAAGAAGGCCUUUAUAGCUCGUAUUUGGGCUUGGUUCCGGACUGGGGCGUCGGCUAUGCUAUCCUGUCUGCCGACACUGUGAGACCAGCUGAUCUAAAUGAACACGCCGAUUAUAUGCAGACAGCGCUGAAUGGAGUAAUCACAACAGCGGUUCAGCAGGCAGCUCGAAAUUACAGUGGUCGGUAUAUUAGUUCUGGUAGCUCAACCUCGUAUAUUGUUGUUGACUAUGAGAAGAGGACUCCAUGGGGCUUGUACAUCGAGGAUUUCGUGAGCAAUGGUACGGAUUUAAGGAAGACACUAUCAGAACUCUUUGGUGUCUCUCAUGCAUCGGACCUCAGUAUUCGUCUCUAUCCGACGGGUCUUUCUGAGGAGACCGGCUCCGGCUCCAGGCAGACAUUUCGAGCUGUUUUUCAGGAUGAAACUGAGCUGGCUGACAAUGGCACGCCGACCUGUGUAUCAUGGUUGGAGCUGGACAAGUACCAGUAUGCUGGCCAUGGAUUGGAUGAGUUCAUAUUUACUCUAAACGCUCAAGGUGAAGCUGUUAGGGUUGAGAUUCCUGCGCUAAAUGUGACCCUGCAGAAGAGAUAG